AUGCCUAUUAUAUACUCCUCCUCCUCUACUAGUAGCGACGACGGCGCUAAUAGCUAUUUCUACUUAGGUACUACUUAUACCUCUAUAGCUUCUCUUCCUCGCUGUCUUCUACUUCUACUUUCUACUUCUACUUCUACUUUUGUUUCUACUUCUAUAUCUAUUUUCUACUUCUACUUCUACCUCUACUUCUACUUCUACUUCUACUUCUACUUCUACUUCUACCUCUACUUCUACUUCUACUUCUACUUUUACUUCUUUCGUACUUUCUACUUCUACUUUUACUUCUUUUAUACUUCUACUUCUACUUCUGCUUUUACUUCUUUCGUACUUUCUACUUCUACUUCUACUUCUACUUCUACCUCUACUUCUACUUCUACUUCUACUUCUACUUUUACUUUGUUCGUACUUUCUACUACUACUUUUGUUUCUACUUUUGUUUCUACUUUUGUUUCUACUUCUACUUCUACUUCUACUUCUACUAUUACUUCUAUUUCUGUUUCUACUUCUACUACUACUUUUGUUUCUACUUUUAUUCUUUCUAGCCUUCGAAGAGGCUAG